AUGGCGACUCACAAGGCCGAGGCACAGGAGACAGACUUCCGUACAACAGGGCCGCCCACAGACUUGGAACAGUGCCCCUUUCCGCCCAGCUCCCGGAAGUUUCCUUUUGAAAGCGUGGCGGCAGACUCUACUGAGGGCUGGGCAGUUGCUGCGGAGCAUCAUUUGAAAAGGAGCGGAGAGGACGGCGGAUGGGAGCAGCCGGCAUCGGGGGUCGAGCCAAGCCGCCCGGCUACGAUGGCCAGUUCUAAGACGGUGUGCGACGCGCAGCCCCAUUCGAUGCCGAGCUGCGGCUUGUCCGCAGAUACACAAACUCGAGCUACUUCUAAGCUACCUGUUAAAUCCAAAGACGCUGAGAUGCUGAGACAUCUUCAUACGGGAGGCUUAGAGCCUGACGUUACAAAAGUCACCAAACCAAGACGAGAGAACGGGCAGGGCAAAGCUGCGGAGACUGCCAGCAGGAGGAACAUCAGAAGCAGCUACAAACCACUGAGUAAGCAAAAGCCAGACGAGGAUCUAAAGGAUAAAAACGAGCUGCUGGAGGCUGUCAACAAGCAGCUACACCAGAAGCUGACAGAGACUCAGGGAGAGCUGAAGGACCUGACACAGAAGGUGGAGCUCCUGGAGAAGUUUCAGGAUAACUGCUUAGCAAUUUUGGAGAGCAAAGGUCUCAACUCAGGCCAAGAGACCCAGGAAUCAAAGCAGGAACCCAGCACAGAUACCACGGACUCCAUGCUGCUGCUAGAAACUUUGAAAGAUGAACUGAAGCUUUUCAAUGAAACUGCCAAGAAGCAGAUGGAGGAGCUACAGGCCUUGAAGGUGAAGUUGAAGUUGAAAGAAAAAGAAAGGAUCCAGUUCCUGGAACAGCAAACCUUAGGUAAGGACGAAGCCAGUGACUUCACAAUAAUCCUGGAGGAAAUGGAGCAGCUCUUAGAAAUGUAAUGCAAGGCAAGCGUCCAGACAGCUUCUUCCUGCAUAAACUCUCAUCGGAGGCCACUUAGGAUAUCUUCAAGGACUCACCGUCCCUUAGGUAAAGACCUUCUGCAGCAGUUGAUCCGAUAAGGGCAGUUGAUGCUGGGGGUCCUCCUUUAAGCAGAUUGCCCCACCUUCAGAUGUCUCAGCUCUCCUGCAAGAGAGGAACCUGGGAGUUUGACUCCACUUCCUGCGCAACAGAGAGAGCAACAACCUUAGAACUAGGAUAGUAAACCAGCCACAGAGACUCUCGAGACUCUUACUUGGAAACACAGGAGGAAAGCCCACACCGAGACAGCACGUGCGCUGUGCUGUGCCCUUUGACUGUCUGGUUGAGCUAAGUUUAUGAACUUGAAAUCCUUGAAGUCUUUUGGCUUAAUAAAUUGGGUGGAGGUAUACAGAGUAAUGCCUAACUGAAACUAUACCUAGAGCUUUUGGAAUAAAUAUCUCCAUGAAUUUUAAUAUUCUGACUAACA